AUGGUGAAGCCAUCGGCAAGUCGAGGGGCGAUACUCGAUCUUCAUCAAAAGGGCGUUUCUCCAUCCGACAUCAUUCGACGACUCAAACUGCCUCGGCGUACGGUUUAUGAUGCUAUCGCACUUGGAACGCUUAAGGACCGUCCAAGAACAGAAAGAAAAGUUACCGUCACGACCAACAGGCUCAAGAAAAUCGUCAAGAAACGAAUCCAACGAAAUCCAAGAAGGAGCAUUCGAGGCUCAGCAAAAGAUCUAAAAAUUCCCGAAAUUCGA